CCCCUGACCCAGAGAUCUGGAUUCAGUUAAGUUCUCUGCCCAUGUAUGGUGUGCUCUUAAAGACCUCGGGACUGGAUGUGGAGGAGCUCUCGGAGGGUUUCAAUUUCACCAUGGAGGACAUCAACAGCAAAAACAUUAGAUACUCAGCUGUGUUUGAGACAGAAGAGCCCAUGGUUAUGGAUAGCUUCCACUUCUCUGUCUCAGACAUGGACGACAACCGAGUGGACAACCAGGUCUUCACCAUCACAAUUACUCCUGCCAAGAGUCCACCGCACAUCAUUGCUUUUGCUGACCUUAUCACGGUAAACAGCUCUCAGAUCAAUAAACAUCCAGGCCUUUGGAGAGCUAGGAUCCUUGGUGAUGUAGCUAACGGAUUUUUGCCUAGCUGA